AUGUCUGCUGCACCUGCAGGAAGUGCGAUGGCCCCGCUGCGGCAAUGCGCUGUUCACGGGUGUCGAGGUUACCCCCAACGCACAGGUCUGUGUCGAGCACACGGAGGUGCAGGCGGUCGGCUGUGUCUCGUUGAAGACUGCGACCGUCGAGAACAAGCUAGAGGCCGAUGUCGAAUUCAUGGUGGUCGGACCCACUGUGAAGUCGAUGGUUGUGAAAAGGCUGCUCACAGUAAAGGAUUGUGUAGAGCUCAUGGUGGUGGAGGCAGUGUGAAGUUGUGUAUUGUGGAAGGCUGCACUCGUAGGGAACAGGUCAACAACCGUUGCAGGAUCCACGGCGGCAAGGAAAAUUGUCGCGUUCGUGAUUGCCCAAAGUUUGUGCACAAAGCUGGUCUGUGUCGUGAGCAUGCUGGUGUAGGUGGAAAGCUGUGCAUUGUGGACGGAUGUAGUCGACGACAACAAGCUAAAAACAAGUGCAGGGUGCAUGGUGGUCAAAUGCCGUGCAAAGUCGAUGGCUGCAACAAGUAUGUGCACAAAGGAGGGUUUUGCCGCGAACACGGCGGAGUAACAUUGUGCCAAGUGGAAGGCUGCGAUAAUUAUGCACACAAAGGAGGGUUAUGCAACUCGCAUACGAAGAAACACAAUGCUCCAGUGCUGUGUUGA